UUCGAAAGAUUAUAAAAAUCAAGAUAACCAAAAAACGACGACAUAGAAAUGUAAAAAGCCGGUGAACUGCAUCGUAAAUGGAAGGCUGUAUUCAUGGCUCUAGUGAGAACGUUUCUUUGCGUGGCAUUGCCGUUGUUCUUCGAAGUAUCGUGUCUACCAGAACGUAAUGAAGACACAAGACUGUCAUUCUUUGCUGUAGGGGACUUUGGAGGGACUGAUUUGUUCCCAUUUUAUACGUACACGCAAAAGAGAGUCGCUCAAACGAUGGGAAAGUUAGCAGAUCUUGGAAACAUAUCAAUGAUUCUCGGCUUGGGUGACAAUUUUUACUAUGAUGGCGUGCAAACAGUCGACGAUCCAAGAUUCAAGACCACCUUUGAAGACGUCUACACUGCGCCUGCGCUAGAACGCGCCAAGUGGCUUAUGAUUGCUGGUAACCAUGACUACCGUUCGAAUAUUUCAGCUCAGAUUGCGUACACCAAGAAGUCUCAUCGGUGGCAUUUUCCUUAUUAUUAUUUUACCACUGUGAAGAAGAUCCCUAACACGGACAUGACGGUGCAAAUAGUUAUGAUAGACACGAUGUUACUAUGCAAUGAUGGAGAAAACUAUGGAUUUCCCUCAGCAUCUGAACAGCUAAAAUGGAUCGUGAAGACAUUGGAAGAUUCCAAUGCAGAUUAUUUGAUCGUCGGAGGACAUCAUCCUAUAUUUUCAGCUGGUUUCCAUGGAAACUCUGAUUGCUUGUUAUCAAGUCUUAAGCCCCUGCUUGAGAAGUAUGACGUCACAGCUUACAUUAGUGGACACGAUCACAACCUACAGCAUAUUAAAGAAGAGGAUUCCAGCGUGCAUUACUUUAUUUCCGGUGGUGGUAACUUCUUUGUCCACGCUCCAAUGAGUUAUUCUACUCUACCAAAAAACUCCCUCAAGUUGUUUUAUGGCCUGACUGGUGGAUUUACCGCCUUCGAUGCUACUCCUUCGUCUUUGAAAGUAACAAAAAUAAGUCAUAUUGGAAAAGAACUUUACACUACAGAAAUCAAACUGAAGAAGGAAAGACAAAGAAGAGGCGUUACCUUGGCGACAAGAAAACGCGCGAGACGCUCUUUUCUGGGCAAACGUUUACGGAUGCUAAGAGGUAAAAAAGGCGCAACAACAAUCAAGAGCUUCAUUGGACAAAGUCCAAGAAAAAGAACUCGAAAGAACCAAAAGCAAAGGAAAUAGAGGCCCUUUCGUUUUGUUUUAUUCGACUUAUAUAAUUGGAGGUCAGCCUCGUUUUAAUGUUCAUCCAAAAGGCGACCCAGGAGAGAGAAAUUAUAAUAUAUAUCUAAAUAUUAUGAUAUUUAUCAUACAUUAACUGGGAACACUA